AUGCGCCGUAACGUAACGUGCAAGUUCACUACGAGAAAAGAAAAGCAAGAGAAUCUGAAAAGAACGCAAUAUGUGAAGACCUUGGAGGAACGACUGAAGAAGACGGAGUCGCUGCUCAUAGCCGCGGGUCUCCUGGAUGAAGAAGCUAUAGGCUACGACGACAUCAGCGAUGAUGACGGCGAUGAGGAGCAGUCGGAAGUCGAGAGUGACGUCGACUCUGACCCGGACUACUCUUCUAAUGAUGGUGGGCGAAGCCCGGACGAGUUAACAGGAGAUGAAGGCACAAGACAUCCAGCUUAUAUCCCCGGGGAUCGAGAUCCGAUGUCUAUAUCCUGCACAACGCCCGGUCCUGUCAAGCCAUUCUGUUCAUUAAAUCCAGCUACUCAGCCUAAGAAAGGUAAAAAGCGUGCGCAACCUUGCACCAACUCCCAACAGUGCUGUCCGCCUAUCAGAGGGGACUCAAAGGAGGAUUCCCGAUAUUACGGACGGAGUUCUUCCUUGUCAAUAUUAUCCCGCGAUGGCAUUGAGUGGAUCAAGAAUAAAACAGGCGGGGCCGCAGUUCUCGCGCCCAUCUUUUCCAACACAAAUCAUGACAGUCCCUGGAACUACUGGCGCCCGGACGUUUUCCACGAUGUGUUUUCAUCCAAAGUGUUCAAACCUUUACCGCCCAGAGCAGAAGUAUUUUCCUUGCUGGGGGACUAUUUCCGCACCGUCAACCGCUUGUUCCCGCUGUAUCAUGAAGAAACGUUCAUGCAAUUAGUCGAAUGGCAGUAUACGCAGCAGACGUGUGACGACGCAGCCCGGUGGGCCAGCAUCAAUAUCAUUCUCUCUUUGGCUUAUGAGUAUCGAUUCUCCAACAGCCAAAAGUCCGAAAAAGAUCGCGAAAAAGCUUGGCUGUACUAUAAAAAUGCCAUGUCGGUGUUCGCCGAGUUGACCUUGCGACGAACCGACUUGUUGAGUGUGCAGGCCCUUCUGGGCAUGGCACUUUUUCUCCGCGGUAACUCUGGCACUCAGUCGGCUCUACCGACGAUCACAGCUGCUAUCAGAUCGUGUCAAAGGAUGGGCCUCCACCGUGACCUUCCGAGGCCACAUUUGUCUGCGGUUGAGCAAGAGCAAAGAAAGAGGGUUUUCUGGAUUGCAUACAUUCUCGAUCAAAGCUCUUGUAUACGUGUGGGUAGCGCGCCGGCUCAACAUCCUGACGAUUUUGACGUAGGGUUUCCUUCAGAAACCGCCGAGGACAAAUUCGUCUCGUUUAACAACUUGUCUUUUUUCCGACAAUUAUGCCAUAUGACUGUGAUCAAGAGCCGAAUUUACUCCAAGCUUUAUUCCGCUAAGGCACUCCAUAACAAAUCUCCAACGGAGACUUGCGAAAUUGUGAGAGAAUUGCACACCGAGCUCGAAGAAUGGAAGAGCGCAGACCCAUUUAGUCAACAGAACCUGAAGCAGCGGGGAGCAGGUGAUGACUUUCUAAUGGGGUUUGCCUGCGCCGGUCUGCAGUUUGUCUAUUAUAAUUGCCUAAUCAUGAUUCAUCGCCUGCCUCUUGUCAUUCACUUUGCCUACAUGCAUCGACUCGCAAGCGGAGGUCGAGUACAGCCGGAUUCCAUGAUGAUUUUAAGCCAGGCGUCUGCCUCGACUGUCAUUUGCGCCCAGGCUGCCCGGGACACGUUGAAACUGGUGAACAACCUACCAUGGGGCGACGUGGCAUGGAUAUGGUCUCUACUCUAUUACAUCUUCCUCGCAGUCAUGACGAUCUUCGUCAGCAUCCUUCGUGACCCCAAAAGCCCCGAUAACAAAGAGGACCUUCAAUCCUUGAACAUGGCUGCCACUUUCUUCGCAACUCUCAUUCCCGGCGACAGACCCUGCACCUACGCACGGUUCAUGACGCGGAUGUGCGCCAAUUUCGAUAGGAUUGCUCGCAUGGUGCUUGACCGAGAACAGAGAACAGUUAAACCCGGCGACAAAAGCCACUCGGAUCAGCGGUCGCUCCCGACAGGUCAAGCGUCAGACACCGCAGCGUCGGACGAUGAUGAACGAUCCUCCACGUCUACUUCUCCCGCCGUUCAUCCAUCCAUAUCCACCGGCGUCAGCAUCCCCAACCUCGAGGGUCUCCCGCGCAUCAACUCUUCGGGCUAUGUCGUCCCGGACAGUCCCAGCGACAUUCCAGACAACAACACCAACACCAACAUCCCCCUCAACACCUCCAUCCCUUCCGCGCCCACCAACAACAACACCACCUCCUCAUCUUCUCUCGAAAACAUCAGCAUGCUCCCCUUCUCCAUCAGCGACAAUCUAGCCCCCGACCUCUGGCAAAUCCCUCUCACCGCCGACUGGGAACUCGGCAACCAAUUCUGGGGCGGCGUUUUCGGUCCUCCGGGCACGAGCGCCGGCGGGUUUGGAGAAGUUCCCGGAAAUCCCAGCACAGGAUCAGGAUCCGGGACGGGGAAUAUGUCUCAUUCUCAGCCACCGCCUCAAGCGCCCAUGAACAUGGGAUUCGGGUUCCCAGACGGGGGAGGAGGAGGCGGUCUACCAUUCGGGGCACCCGCGCAGCCGAUGUGGUCUUAUGGGCCCUUUUUUGAUCCAUUUUAG